AGCCUAUAUAAUGAGACACAAUGCAGAGACCUUCAAGUUUCAGAAUGAGAGCACUGAUCCUCUUCGUAUUCUCACUGUACCACUUCACUGUGGCACAGGUCGAAGAUGGCAUCUCCACAGGGUCACAUGGGAGCGACUCAGAACAUUCAGAAUAUUAUUGCAGCCCCAAGAUUCUCUCAGAGCUCAAAGGACUGAAGAGCUUGGUGCAGGAGCAGAAAACUGUUUUGGAAGAACUUAAGAAACAAACAGGGAAUCAGUGCAGCCCUGAAACUCACUCUGAGCUCAAAGAACUGAAAUCCGCAGUGGCAGAGCAGAAGGUUACACUGGAAGAACUUCAGAAACAGCUAACAGAAAAACCAAAUGUUGCAUUCUCAGCGUCCCUUUUUGGUGAGGGUGGUCAGACGAUUGGAGGACACAGUUCUGAGGUUACUCUGGUAUUCCGGAAAGUCUUCAUAAACUUUGGAAAUGCAUACAACCCAUCUACUGGAAUGUUCACCGCACCAGUCAAAGGAGUUUACUACUUUGGCUUUUCUGCCUUUGCAAAUGGUAGAAACAGCAUGGGUGUACAUCUGUGCAAGAACGGACAGCAAAUCGUGGCUACCUACGAUUAUAACAGCAGCCAUAAAGAUGUCAAUGGAGCAAACAGGGCCAUUCUUCAGCUGGAAAAGGGAGACCAAGUGUAUAUUACCCUUUGGGGUGGUCUUCACAUUUUUGACAGCUACAACAGUGUCAGCACCUUCUCUGGAUUCCUGCUCUUUCCUGUGUAAUGCAGCUUAUUUGCAAACUUUCAGAUCAAAAAGAAUGCAAAUUGCAACAGAAGUGUUUUCGGUGAUGUAUAAAUUUAAACCUGUCCAAGAUGCAGAUUCAGCUGAGCAGAAUGAUGCUAAUACACCAGGACAGCCACUCUUUGCUAAUGCUGAACUGACCCAGACCAUUAAGAGUGUAUUCAUGCAUGGAAGUGCUGACCUGCAGCUUCACUUCAAUGUAAUAUUACAAUGAAUCUUCAUUAAACCUGAAUCCUCCGCUCA